CGAACCUUCAUCUAUUUGAGAACAACAUCAAAAUAGAAUAUAAUAUCUACAUACCGAAGAUCGAUACCUAGACCAUUAUAAUCAAUACGGUAUCCUUAUCCACAGACUCACACUUUCACACCUGUAUCCACAUCCACAUCCACAACUACACGCUUUUAAGCACAUCAACAACCACAAAAAUGAGUGGCAACGGGACUGGUGGGUCCCCUCCUAGGGACGCGCCCAUGCAAAACAACUACGUCAUCAUGGAUGGGUCCCCUGGCCAAGAGGAACAGAUUACAGCGAGCCAAAGCAUCGCGAUGAUGGAGGAGUUGCGCUUGGCCAGUGCUGAGUUAUGUCCGAGAGGACUAGCUGGAAAAUGAAGUAAGUGUCGUAUUAUAGAGAAACUUGGCAGAUUAGAAUUCAAUAGAACAAGUACAGGUGAUACAAUUUUUAGUCGUCCUAUGUAAUAGAAGCAGAGUAUUUUUGAACACUCACUCCAUGGCUCAUAUGAGCACUCACUAUAUAAAUCAUACUUGCAUCCCUUCACCUAUCUAAUCCACGGCGUUGCUGGCCCAGGGCGAAACAUCUCCGCGAUGCAAGUGGGAACGCCACCGUUUUCCACUGUGCUCAUCUACAACCAAAGCAGACAUGCUUCUAACAGUGUCUUGUCGGAUAUUAUGGCUGGAAAAUUCUAGUGAUACUGACAGAUAUUCGGGGAACUACUAGAUGAAGGACAUCUUCAACAGCUCAAGUUCUUCACAUCGAUCUGAAGCUCCUACAACUGCAUCCUCGCGAUUUUUUUCCAUCAAUGGGUAAUGGGGUAAACUACGCUUAAAUUCAUUCAUUCCAUCAACAUAAACCGGGCAUAAUUGUUGUACUUCGUCCUCUCCUGCUCUAAUCCAAUCCGUAGUGUAUGGGGUGAUGCAGUUACAGUCGUUCAGACAGUUGAGGACAGUAGCACAGAACCGACGUCCACAGCUACGAACUCGGUGGCAAACAACCGAUUGCCAGGCGUGAAUGACGUGAUCAUGAUCCGACCUGGAAAAUGGGGAGAUUUGAACCAUUUUCAAGAAAGAAUGGUAAUUUUCAUUCAUUUACUUAUAAAUUUGAAGAUGUUCUUACAACCACUUGUUCCUUGGAUUCUUUGUCGUGAUUAACAAACUAGAAGUAGUAUAAAUUUCUCCUCUCCACCAGUCACUCGAAGAACUCGUGGUCAACAUCAAAAAAAUCACAGGAACACUACGAAACCCAAAACCCUUGGUUCUACCAAGCCAAAAAGAAGAAGGAUGUGGCUUUCAUGGCCGGUUGGUCUGCACUGGCUGAAGCAGCCGAUACCGGACGUUUUGUGAUGAACAAGCUCAAACUAGUUUGGCCGGGUACUGAGCCGAAUGCUUCUGACCGCCUAGAGAAAAUCGGCAUGAAGAAGAUCUGUAAGAAGGUUGGCGCACCUACACCACCCUUUACGAUCCUGGCUGACCAGGACUUUGAGGCGAAUUUGGCUGACCCAGGAACUCUGGAGAAAUUGAUCCACGAAUUUACGGAUAAAGUGGUCAAGCUGGCUCAAGAACGCACUGAUGUACCGACGUCGCCGGGAGGAUGUACUUGUUAUUUUUUGAGUUGUUGACUUAAGGCUUCCCCGAAUCCAUCCCUGUAGACAUCCCUCAGAUAUAUGCGCCCCAACAAAAGGGAGAGACUGACGCAUAUGUUUGAGGGUUUUCCACAGGGAUGAAUAGGGGAGAGCUCUAAUUGACUCAAGAUCAUGAAGAAGAAGUAGAAGUAUAAUCUGAUGAUGAAGUGGAUCCUGAUUCAUUAACCAAACAAUUUCAAAUUCAAUUUCUUGUUGACACGCUUGCAUCACUGACCCCUUUAAAUUUUCUCCCUCUCAUCUUCCAACACCACGGGUACGAUACGAUAAUAAAUCAGCCAUGAUGAACACCACUUCCGUCUCGCCGAUUCCUGGUCUGGUUAAGUCGAUUCACGGCGGCGGCGGCAAGGGUAGUGCGCAAGUAUCCAACCCUUUGAAUGCUACGCAAGUGAAGGCUGCUGUCAGACAGGUCCUCAAUGAGAUGAAACGCGCAGACGGUCUCUACUUCGAGGAAAAGGUCAACCACGAUGGUGAUGGCCGCUUCUUCCAACUAGAACUAGAAUUGGAUGGCGUCAAUGUCUCGAACGGUGGUCGAUUUGUCUGGUUCAACAAGCGCUUGCAGAAAGUGGUUGAAAUCGGGUUGACGGACCGAUACCUCAAGGAUCUCUCUGACGCCCAUCACGCCGGUCGUGGUGAGGAUUUGCCUUGUUUCAUCCCUUGGGAUCUGUACUCGCAGUCUCGUACCUGGGCGGCGCAAAUCGCCACGGAAGCGGGAAACAACACUCGAUGCACGUUGGAGGCAUUGGUGUGGCAAGACAAGUCUGGCAAAUACGACAUGGCCUUUAUUGAGUGCAAUCGUCGACCUCAGGUGGAAAACGAAGCUCUAGCAUUGUUAGAACGUGACUCGAGCAAUCAUCGUCGAUACACAUUUGCAGAAUUGUUGAUGCGAGCGAAGGGAUAUCCGAGUACUUACUACUAAUACAUAGUUAGUGUUUUUACUUUUCACUUUCAACAUUAAUUGUAGGAUCAACAAUAUCUUCUUGUCCCUUCAUGAAAAACCAAGAACACUUUCAUGUUGCAUAAUUUUUUAGGCCACUGGGCGAAAGAGAAGAGUCAGACGAAGGCAGAAGUGGUAACCUCGUGGGGAGAAACGACGGAUGUUCUAAGCAAAUCACUUCUUUGUAGAUGAGUGAAAUGUUGUAAGGAGAAAAUGCUGAUGUUAAAUAACCUACAUUUCCAUUUCUCAUGAAAUCGAUUUCUAUUUUUCACUUGCAGCAUCAAUAAGUACAGCUUUCACGACCUCUUCCUGAUCCUUUUACUAUCCGCAGGUGGCAACAUCUUCACUCCCACCGGUCGUCGCAACGUCGCUUGCCACGCUCGUUGGCUGCAUGGUGAUCCCGAUGCAGAUGGCGCCAUCACCUACAAACCUGGUGAGGUUUGCGGUAUGACGGGUACCCAGUUCGCUUUCGUCCGCUCCGAAUUGAUGCCGUGUGGGGAGAUCUCCUUUACUGCGGAUCCGCAGUUGGGCAAAGUCGUCAUGCUGGCUGAGAACUGGCACAGUAUGUGCGACAAUGCGGAGAAGUACUUCUCUUAAGGCUUUUUAUCCUAAAUCAUCUUCAGUUUCAGAGGCUGCAUUGAUUGAUUCUAGAAGGAUGAAAGAGACAGAGAAUUAGACGCUUUUUCAAACGGAAAAAGCGUCUAGGAUGCAUCUGAAGAUGGAUUUGCUGGAUGAGUUCUAAUUCAUCAUGCGUAAGCCUCUGGUCAUCGGAGAAGGCAGCAAAUACGCAGAAUGCAUGCGCCGUUUGUUCGCGAACAAGGAGUUCCAGUCUGGUCGUAUUGCCAGUAACGAGACCUUCUCAGCGAUCGAGAUUCCGAAUGAUUCGAGGAUUUCCUGCGCUAGUUCAGUCAGGGCAAUGUUGGAGGGACCAGUGUCUGACAUUCUGGUUGCGGGAUAUCGAACUGGGGAAGGCAUCGAUCCAGAACGCUAUCCUAGCUCCACCGUUCUAAGAGCAGUGGAAAAUCUCUCUCAGAAACUGGCUCGCGAGUGUGCACCAGCGGAAAAUACUGCUUUUACGAAGUACACACGUGGCGAGUGCUCUUUCGACGACUAUCUUACCGAACUACGUGCUCAACUAGACCGUCAAGGUGGUGGCUGGGUAACCGUGGCUCCGCGUGACACCUGUCAACAAGGCAACGACUCUGAAUCGGCCUGCAUUCAGAGUUUAUCGCGAAAGAACGCGGAGAUUUUCGGUCAGAAGGCAGGUUGUGUGGGGUACGAAGUCGGAGGUGCGCAAUUCCAAGCUGGUCUGAUCCGUGGAUUAGACCCUGCUAAGAUUUUGAAGCAAGGUUUGCCAUUCAACAUUCCGGCGUUUUCUCUGCAGAGGUCGCAGUACUUAUGGCUCGUAGCAGUGCACCCAGUACGUAGUACAACCACAAUUUUCUAUCUGGCGUUCUGAAUUUGAUUUGAUGUGUGACACGUUCGCUUCCGCAACAUUAACAACUCCGUCAUAGAUUCUAGCUUGUAACUACAAGUGAGUAUUUCAAGAGGACCAUCACCAUCUUCACUCUCUAAUCUGCGUCAACGGUCUAUCCGAGAUGCCUCCGCAGAAUCGUCAGGCUCUAUUCCAAGCAACCGCCACCAUGGUUUUCGAGCACUAUCGUGGUCCUAUCGAUGAAGAAGAGCUCUAUAGUGGAGCUGUUCUUGACAGUGCCAAGAUUAUGGUCAACAUUUAGUGUCCAUCAUUCUCGGUAUCUUGGUCCCCUUUUCCCUUGUAUUAUUCCUAUGAAAUGAUACAAGGGUAGUAAAGGGGUCAAGAUGAGGGGGCCGAGAUGCAAUCUACAUCUAGCAGACUCUAACAAGAGCGGUCCUCAGAGUGGCGAGAAUUUCACCAUUGUGAACAGCAAGACACGUCCAGGCCGUAGUGCCUCUCAACGCUUCAUGCCGAAUCCGAUGCAACGUGGUCCAGACGGAACCCUCAGCUUUUCUCUCACCCGUCAACGAUCCUACGAAGAAGCGCCAUCGUCUCUCGCUAGGGAUAAGAUCCUACUGGAGGGUCGUUUUCCUCCAGUGCCGAUCGAGCAACGUCCAGUGCCGUUUUUUCCAUACAACUUCCACGCUGGCAACUACUGGGACUCGAAAUUUCCACAGGAGUUGUCUCCACAGGAUCAAACCACUGUUGAGAUGCUACACGCUGGAUUGACUCCAAUUCCAACAUGGGUUUUCUCGCCUAAAUUCCCUCUGGAACGGUUGGCGGAGUGGACGAAACGCCAAAUCCAAAACUUUGAUGCUGUGAAGAGGAAAUUGCAUCAGGUACAGUUGGUUUAACAAGUCGCUUUUAAUUGAUAUCCUUCUCGUCACUUCUUCGAUGAAACUGCUGCUCUUAUGUGGAUAAUGAUGAAACUCAAACUACUUUUUCUGCAUGAUCAGUAAGUAUGAAGAUCAACUUGACUCCAAAAAACUAAAACUCUCCACACCUUCGUCCCCCAUCAUCAGAUCCGCAUCAAGAACCCUGGCCAAGGUGAGGAGUGGACUGCCGCAACCGUUUGGAAGCAUGUGGAAACGUUCCUGAAGGUUUUUGCUGAAACCAAACAUCUCCCCAACAACGAGAAACCCAUCGUCUACAUCCACAACCACGAUUUUAACGGUGAAGGUGGUCACGUUGGCAAGGAACUACUUCGUCUGGCACAGAAGAACGGUUUCCGCUAUCUCGUUAUUGAUGCCGGCUACCGCAAGAAUGGCACGCACAACGAUAACACAGUCGUUUGCUCUGCUUUGGAGCUUGACGAGGGUCAGAAGGCUGCUUUGCUAGAGUACAACAACAAUCAGCAAAUGCUGGAGAAGAUCCUUUGCCGAUUCGACAGCCGUGACAGCCAGAUGACGCCUUGGGACAGCGAAUGGGCUGGCGGAACCGAAGGCUCUGAUUUACGUAUCGCUAAGGAAUACGGUUUGUCUCCUUCGGACAUCGAACAGGCCAAACACAUCGCUUCUGAGGUGUUUCCGUUGGAGAGGGCAGUGACGCCAUUCUCGGAGUACAAGUUGCGUUUAGGAAUUGCGAUCAUGAUCGAACCGGCUAUUUCACCGAAGAAUGCGCAAGCGGUUAUCAGUUUCCUGAAACACGAUCAUGGGAGACUGAAAGUUGGUGGAGACGUGCUCGUGGGAUUGCACAAGUGGGAGACGCUGGUAUUAAUAUUGAGUGUAGGUACUUUACAACUAGUUAGUAGUUACCCUGAUUCUGAAGUAGAAGAUGUAGAGUAAGAUUUAGAUCUGAACUAGUUCUAAAAGUUGCUACCAUGAUGAAGACCUGAGAGACUGCAAAUUCAAGAAACGAAUUAAUUACUAUCUAAUAAAAUAAGUACGACUGACUCCAAUCUAAUAUCAACUUCCAUCAACACUCUUCUUUCCAGACUGCAAAGUUAAACUUAUUUUUCCUGCCUUUUACAACUACCAGGUCCCCAAACCACCUGCUGUCGACAUGCUAUUGCACAACAUGGCAGCAGAGCUAGAUUCGGCUUUGAGUUCUGCUGGUUCCGUCUUCAGACCAAACUUUGACGCCACUGGUGCUGAACAACUGUACACUGAACUUGGCUUCCAGCAAAAGGGUAAGGAUCUGCAUGCAGGCAAGGCUACUGAUUUGAGUCCUCUUCUACUGUUAAGGCUUAUACAUUAGUAGUUGUUGCUUUAUCUUUCUUGACUGCAUUUUUGCUGUAAUAUUUCUAGUAUUUUUUCUACUAUUUUUAAGCAGAUUAUAUAUUCCGCAGGAGAAUAGUAGAUACUCCAAAGAAAAUGCCAUCCUAAGUAAGAAUACUCGACACCAGUUCUAAUUCUGUGUCCUUGGGUCCUCCACGCUCGUCCACGUGCACUGCCUUCCAUGACAAGGAUCGAACUUCUGCUGGAUCAAGGUCGCGUUGCGCAAGUCUUGUUCCGUGGUUUCGGACAUAGGCAGAACCAUGGCGAAAUCUUGCUGGUGUUUUCGGCGUGUGGAGAACGCAUCGUGGUAUCGAAACCGGAUCCAGAAGCGCAACUGAUGAUGGGAGCGGAUGAUUCGCAGAGGUUAAGGCUGAUAGUUGUAGUACUACUUUUAAAUUGUCAUUCGUAAGCAGUCUUCUCCCGCUACGGUGGUAGGGAAGAACGCUGAAGUUUUACAUACCGCCACAGGUAUGAAUAGGCUCCUCCUGUUGAUGUCUCGGCAUCUAGUCGUGAUCGUCUGCAGACUUUAACUCUACGGUUGGCUGAUCUUAUAUAUAAAUAUGGGGGUAAAUAAUUGAUUGAAAGGGUGGCAGCAUAUAGUCCUAACGCAAAAAAAAAAAAUCUACGGUCACCAGGUAAGGUGAUAUCAGAGGACCACACAUGACAAGACGUUCUUGUCUCUUUCUCAAGGGACCACUAGUUAUAGAGCGGGGUUAAUCUUCAUCUUCUCAAUACGGCACGACAGGGACAGGGUGGUGGACCAGGAGUUUUUACAGUCGACAGACUGGUGUACGUAAACAGUGAGUAAGUUGCCAUAAAAGCAAGGAGAAGGAUAAGAAAAUAAUUGUACGAGUUACUCAGAGACUUGACUGAAGUCCUCUUUACAUUCUUACUCCUUCGAAAUACUGAUCUUAGAAAGUCCUAGGUCCAUCUUAUAAUUGUACGAGUUCUUAUGUCCUUAGUUGCGUCUAAUCCCAAUGGCUGGCGACAACGAAUUUGGCAUCCCUGUUCCUGGUGAAAUCCUGAGCAUCGACGUCGCUGUGGGACAAACGUUGGAGGCGGGCAUGCAAUUUUUCACAGUGGAAUCGAUGAAGAUGGAGACGAAAAUCACGGUACCGCAAGACCUUCAUGGCAAGGUGGUCGACAGCGUCAUCGCGAAAAUCAAGACGGUGAUGAAGAGAGGACAACCGGUCAUUAGCUACAAAUAA